AUGGUUACACUGGGGGAAAAUGGAAAUUAGCAACGCUUAUCAGUUCAAUUUACACAGUUAACGUACUGGGCGAAUUAAUUGGUCGGUUGUUGUAUGCAAAGCGAGGUUUAUUGAAGAGUACAGCAAAGCUGCAUGCAAGGGCUCCUGAUGAAGGUGUGUAGGUAAUACUUUGAGAGCCUUGUAAGACGCCAUGUCUGAAGAGGCCAUUUCAGAAAGUGACCUGGAGCCCAGCCUUAACAGUGAAGAAGAGGAUUUGGAAAAUGAGGAGGAGGAGGAGGAGGAUGAUGACAAUGACGACAUGGAGGAAGAUGAGGAUGAAAAUGACGGAGACGAUGAAGAGGAUAGUGUUGAACGACCUGCGAGUGCAGAGAGCAGGACAGAAGCUGCUCAGGAUGGCAGGGACUCCACUUCAACUACCUCCGGAGAGCCAUCCCCAGAGUCUCCGUCUCAGCCUGCGUCCCGCCCGUCCUCCAGACCCCCCUCUCGUUCUCAACCUCCAACCAGCCCAGAAAACUCAAGCCAGAGCAAGCCCCCUCCCAGCAAGACAAAGAAACACAAAGCCUCUAAAUCAACCAAAUCUUCUAAGUCUUCAAAAGGCUCCAAGCCAUCUAAGCCUAUACACAUGAGGAAGAAUAUCAGGAAGCUGCUGAAAGAGGAUCAGCUGGAGGCUGGAACCAAGGCUGCUCAACAGGAGGAGAUGGACAGGAGGAAGCGUCUGGAGCAGCAGAGGAAGGACUUCCCGACAGCAGCCUCAACUGUCCCAGACUCUCAGCUAGUCGACGCUGCUUCAAUUUUAGGAGAAGUGUCUCAAUUGGUCCCGGCGCUCCUGAUCAAGCAGGAUGUGAUCUGUCUGGACAGCAGUGGCGAUGAAGAUGAAAUAGUGGACCCCAAGCUGCCUGAACUUGCUAUUAGAGAUGAUAUAAUUGAGCUUAGUUCUGGGGACGAGGACGCCCUGCAGAUAAGCAGCGAGUCGGCCGAUGAGGAUGCAGAUAGCACCGCCGCCUCAGAGGAGAGCAGCGGGGCACAUAUCAACGAUGCAAUGAAUCUGCCCGAUGCCCAGGGUCGAGUGCUGGUUAAUAUCAGUCACCCUGCAGAGGAGAAAGACCUUUACCUUGCUCCACAGCUGGCCAAGGCUGUCAAACCUCACCAGAUCGGGGGAAUCCGGUUUCUCUAUGAUAACCUCAUUGAGUCACUGGAGCGGUACAAGACCAGCAGUGGCUUUGGCUGCAUCCUUGCUCACAGCAUGGGGUUGGGCAAGACACUGCAGGUCAUUUCCUUCACUGACAUCCUACUGAUGAAUACUGAGGCUCACACUGUGCUGGUCAUUGUUCCUGUGAACACACUCCAGAACUGGCUGACAGAGUUCAACCUCUGGCUCCCACCACAAGAAGCCCUUUCCCCCGACACUGACCCUGCAUUCGUCACAGGCCGCACAUUCAAAGUUCACAUUCUCAACGAUGAGCACAAAACGACGUUGGCCAGGGCCAAAGUCGUGGAGGAGUGGUCCAGAGAUGGAGGGGUGUUGCUGAUGGGUUAUGAGAUGUACCGCUUGCUGUCCAUGAAAAAGAGCUUCGUCACGGGCAAGAAGAGGAAAUCAAAGAAGCCAGCAGGACCAAUCAUCAUUGAUCUGGAUGAAGAAGACAGACAGCAGGAACUCAUGAAAGUUAUUGAAAGGGCCAUAGCGCGGCCGGGCCCAGAUGUGGUGAUAUGUGACGAAGGUCAUCGCAUUAAGAACUACCACGCCAGCACAUCACAGGCUCUGAAGAACAUCCGCUCCCGGCGCAGAGUCGUCCUGACCGGUUACCCGUUGCAGAACAACCUCAUUGAAUACUGGUGCAUGGUGGACUUUGUUAGGCCUGACUUUUUAGGCACACGUCAGGAAUUCAGCAACAUGUUUGAGCGGCCCAUUCUGAACGGGCAGUGUGUGGACAGCACUCCUCAAGACGGCCGCUUGAUGCGCUACCGCAGCCACGUGCUGCACAGCCUGCUGGAGGGUUUUGUCCAGAGACGAGGUCAUGAUGUGCUGAGAGACUCGCUUCCCUCCAAGGAGGAGCAUGUGAUCUUGGUGCGGCUCUCUCCCAUUCAGAGGGCGCUGUAUACCGAGUUCAUGAAACGCUUUCGAGAAGCUGGGAACAAUGGCUGGCUCGGUCUAAACCCACUCAAAGCCUUCUGUGUAUGCUGCAAGAUCUGGAAUCACCCAGACGUCCUCUAUGAAGCCCUGCAGAAGGAGAAUCAUGCCAACGAGCAGGACCUGGACCUUGAUGACAUCCGCUGUCCUGCAGGCCUAAAAGCCAAAGUGGCCGACUCGAGCAACAGCAAAGUCAACAACGCCCUGCCGCUAAUCAACGUCUCCCAGGAAAGAGCCAAUCAAGUCAUCACAUAUGAAUGGGCAAAGGGCAUAAUGUCAAACUACCACACCGGAGUUCUGGAGAACUCUGCCAAGAUGAUUCUGCUCUUCCACUUGAUUGAUGAGUGUGUAGCAAGAAGAGACAAGAUGUUGAUCUUUAGUCAAAGUUUGUCCACCCUGACGGUGAUUGAGGACUUCUUAGCAAAGAGACCCAUGCCGACAGGCAUCGCCUCCUCUGACGCCCAGAGCCAAAACUGGGUUCGCAAUCUCAAUUACUACAGACUGGAUGGGAGUACAUCUGCUUCAGAAAGAGAGCGACUGAUCAAUCAGUUUAAUGACCCAGAAAACACCAAAACAUGGGUCUUCCUACUUUCUACAAGAGCGGGCUGCUUGGGGGUAAAUCUGAUUGGGGCUAACCGUGUGGUUGUGUUUGAUGCCUCCUGGAACCCGUGUCAUGAUGCUCAGGCGGUGUGCAGGGUGUAUCGCUAUGGUCAGAAGAAACCCUGCUACAUUUACCGCCUCGUCUGUGAUUUCACCUUGGAGAAAAAGAUUUAUGACCGACAAGUCUCCAAACAGGGCAUGUCUGACCGUGUGGUUGAUGACCUGAACCCAGUGCUGAACUUCACUCGUAAGGAAGUGGACUCGCUGCUGCAUUUUGUAGAAGAGGAACCUGGAAGGAUUUCUCUGGAAGCCCAGGAGGAAUUUGAAAUCGUGAUGCAUCAAGCGUGUCAGCUUUACCCACACCUCAUCACCAAGCAACCUUUUCAUCACGAGUCUCUGCUGGUGGAUCGGAAGGAAUCGAAACUGACCAAAGCCGAGAAGAGAGCCGCCAAGAAGAGCUACGAGGAGGAGAAACGAGCCUCUGUGCCCUACUCGCGCCCCUCGUACGCCCCUUAUUACCCAACCAGUGAUCAGACGCUCACAAACAUACCAGCAUUCAACCAACGCGGCUGGCGUCCCAUGGCACGGCCAGAUGACAAGCCUGUGGCAAGUGUCAGGCCCAUCCAGUCAACCCCAAUCCCCAUGAUGCCUCGCCAGGUCAGCAUGGGCAUUGCUGGCUCCAGCGCUGCCGGCAGCCUGCCCGUCAACUUCCUGCAGAAAGCCGGAGUUUAUGUGCAGAGAAUUGUCACCUCAACUGAUAUUGUAAUCCCAGGAGCCAACAGCACAACAGAUAUUCAAGCUCGAAUUAGUGCAGGAGAGAGCAUCCAUGUCAUCAGAGGAUCGAAAGGUACCUACAUUAGGACAAACGAUGGAAGGAUUUUUGCUAUUCGAUCUGGAAAGUUCAGUCGGCCAGCACUCGGGGGCUCGGCUGCUUCAAGGGACACCCAGGGUUCCCUGAUCCAUCCACUCAGUAAUGGCUGUUCCUCGCCUGUGGAUCAACAGCAGGGCUCCCCCAACGGGGAGCAGCGGCCCUCCUCUCCCUUAAGCUCUGAGAUUCUCAGAGAGCUCAGCCGCUACGCUUCAUCCACGGGUGACGCCACCGCUGCCGGCAUGGGGAAUGAAUUGCCAUCGCCGUCAGAAAUGUUGGCUAUAACAGCGGGGAGUGAAGGCAGUUCGCAAAACAAUCAGGCCGGUGAUCUCAACAGGCAGCUCAGCGACGACCUCUUGAGCUCGGUUUUAGAGAUGCGUGGCAGCAAGCGCAGGAGUACUGAAAGCCAGGGCAACACACAAAUGGGAGGCAAACGCACUUCUGCUGCAACUCGAUUCCCUGGACUGUCCAUGGGCUCCAGUGGGCUCGGCUAUCCCCCGGUGGGUCUGAACUCCUCCUCCCUACUGGGGAACCUAGGUCCCAUGAGUCAUCCACUUCUGAUGGGUGGUAGCGGUGGAUCGUCAUUCCUUCAGACGCCGGGACAAACCCUGGCUGACCUACAGACCAUGUUCCCCUCUGCAGGCUCGGACCUACUGAGACAGUCUGCCACAGGAAACGGACACCUUCCCAGCCCCUCCUCGUCCUCUCUGCCGACCGUUUUCUCCUCCGCUUCCACCACCAUCCCCAUGUCAUCUACAGCCUCGGCAGCCACUUCUUCCUCCCUGGCGUCCGGUUCUCUGCCUCCGUACUUAAUGAAUCCCAACAUGGCCGGACUGCUGUCAUCCGGCUUCCCUCUCAACUACAGUCAGUCGCUGCUCUCUGAGCCGAGGAUGUAUCCUACCUCUCUCCUCUCCGGGUCAGGGGGAUUCCCCACGUCUAACUCCAGCUCUGCUGCAUCCAGUUUCCUCUCCCACUUCAACAAUCCCACUUCCAGCCUGUUGGGGGCCGCGCUGACUCAGCAGGACAUGCAUCAGAGUGCAGAGAACGGCGGCAGUAGUUCUGAUGACGACGUCAUAGAGGUGAUGGGACAGUAGAGUGGCAGUUUUAUCAAUCAUGGCAAACAUAAGUUAGGAAUGGGAAUGAUUACACGUUUACUAAAUGAACUAAAUAGAUUCUGUUACAGCAUCUACCCUAACCUAUAAACGGAUCAUUGACGGUCAGAUGCAUUGUGAUGUUCUGAAUAUGUGAGCACAUCAGAACGCAAGUAGGGACAAGAGGAAAAUAAUCAGAUAAAUAGAACUUUUCAGGAACUAAACUAUCCCCUUUAAUCACGAUGAAGUUAGAAAAUAACUAUUCAGUGAAAUGUGUUUCGGCCUUGCUGUUCAUCAAAUUAGCUGCAUUCCCAUUCCGAAUGGUCUCAUUAAACUACACACACACACACACACACGGAUAGACUCUCACCUGCAACUGAGAGAAUCAACUUGUACCUUAAUGACUUUACAAAGUCAGAGUAACAAAUCCUUAUGCUGAAUAUCCCAGAGUUGUUCAGCUGGAGCGUCGGAACAGACCACUGUUGUCGGGGACCAGCUGACUCUUUCUAAGCACAGCCUCCACUGCGAGGCCUCUCAGUGCUGUUCCUUUUAUUUCCCCCGAAUUCAAACGGAAUAAUGUGAUGACUGCUUCUUGUUGGAUUGUCUUAUCCACAUUGCUGUGAAACGGUCUAGUGCAAACCAAAAUUUGACCAACUGUUUCACCUGUCAGCAGUGCUCACCUGCUGAGCACUGAUCAACUCUUCCUUUUCUACUAAACGAUACCGGAAGGCAACACAAUAAACAACUCACGGUGGCUCCAGAGCGUGGUGUUAAUAUUCGUCAAAAUCCACUUCAUUAUAUAUUUAGAGAAAAUCCUUGGAGGCUUACCUUCAGCAACAGAGAUCUUAGGCUUUCAGAGCAUAUUUUAGUCUUUAGCAAUUUGAUAGACAUUGUAGCAUCCCCUGUAUGUGUGAUACUGUAACUGAACAUGUUGAUACUUUGUAAAUAACAUCAUUAUCGUUGUUUAUAUUGCAAGUCAAUACUGUGCAAUGUGUAGAUUUUGGUUGGAGGGAGAUGGUUUUGUUAUUACAGCGACUAUCGUGGUGAUAAACACGCUCUCGCAUUGAUGCUAGUGAAACAAAUUUAUGUUCAACUUUAUAAUUUACCUCUUUUUUUCCCCCUUAAAACUAAAGUGAAUGUACUUUCAUGUUAGCCUUUCAUAACACGAGGAUUCGGACUGUGUUCUUUCAUUUUUAGCCUUAAAUAACACAAAGGGGUCUUGAGUCUGGAGCAUUCAUCUUGGUACAUCCUUUUUACAAAUCUGUUGGAAGAACUACGGAGCAUUUAGACAGUCGGUGUGAAACUCCAAACACGUGUUGGGCAGAUUCAGCGUUGUGUGGAAGGCAACAGGAGAAGAAAGCAAGUUUUCAUGUUGGUCAGUUGCCGCUUUUCUUUGCAGUUUUUUUUACUCAAGUGUCCCCACCAUCAGACAGCCCUACAUGAAGAUUUGAUGAUCCUAAUUUUCUUAUGAGAACAAAUGUUACCUAAACUGUAGGAAACAUUGCAUUCAUGCAGCCUGAGUGUCUAAAACCUUCAGUCAAUGUAGCCACCAACCAUCAAAACAGACAGCGAACAUUUCCCUACAAACACCUGUGACUGUUGCAGAACCAGGUCCGGUGGUGCGGUGGCCUUUACCGAAAUUACAGUGCCAUCGCGUGGUAGCGUCUGUAAAAGCAGUGCAGUGUACGUAGCUUCUGUCAGUAGUGUCGGUCUGCGGUGCUUUAGGGAGUUUAGGUCUUUGCUGUACUCUGUAGCCUUGUGUCUCUGUGUUGUGAUGACACCUCAAGGUAUGUCGAUUUAGGAAAGCCCUUCUCCUUUGUCUGUAAAAUAGGUUAGACGCAGUGGUUGUUAACUUUUUAGAAAAUACUGGAUAACCUGAGACAACUGAUCAUUCCCUAUGAAGUUCGAUUUUGCUCCCACUGUUCACUUUUUGUUACUACUGGCUCUUUCCCUGUUCUGAACGCUUCAUUUCUAUCAAGGAAGAUGGAGGUUUUUUUCAGCAUGUUUGGGGAACUUGUGAUGGUUUGUUUCAGGUUUAAAGGUGGAGCUGGUACUUAAUGGAUCAUAUCUGCUUGUGAACUGUACGAGGUACAUCAUAUUGACGCCAUGUCUUUUUGAUCUGUUGGAUACCUUUUGCAUUUGAAUCUUGGGAAUCGUCAAUUUAUAAAAACCUGUCUGCCAUUUGUCAAUUACGUGCAUUUUUAUUUCAUGGAAAUAUUUCAGUUUUUUCAAAUGUUUUUUAUAUAACUUCUUAUUGCCAGUUGUCUCCCUUAUUUCAAUGUAAGCGUCCGAAAUUUAUUUAUAAUGGAAAAUACAUUCUUUGUUGUAAUUACAUUUUUUUUUAACGUUUUGUUCACUUUGACCCAUUGACGGCUGAUUCAGUAAGAAUUUCGUACAUGCAGCCUAGAUCGAAGCAGAAUAUGACUGUGUUAUCAAUGUUAUUUUAACAAUAAAACAAUCUUCUAUUGCAU